GCCCCUUCCUGUACGGCCGCUACUCUGCGCCCCGACUUCGUUCUCACAACCUGGUUCUGCCCACAGCUGUUCUUCAGCCCUGUGAACGGUGGCUGUAGAACAAUCUCAGGCCUGGCCGAGCCACCUCCCUCGCUCCCGUGGUGGCGGUGGUGACGGGCUGGGGACGGGGUGGGGGUGGGGCGGGUAGAAAAAUUGGCGGGAUGUGGGAGGUGUCGUCGCUGGCCCACUUCCGGAUACGGGCGGAAGUGGCUGCGGUGGAUGGUGGGAGGGGGGAAGGAGUGCGAGGGGAGGGCCGGGCCGCCGGGGGUCGAGGGGGUGGGGCCUGGGCUGGCGUAGGGGAUCUGGCCUGGGUCCUGGAUUGCUACCCCGGGCGGGCCGAGGCUCCUAGCCGAGACGGGGCGGUUGGGCACCAGGUUAACACAGAAGUCUGCCUCCUGAGCCAUGCCGCUUCUAAGACCUGUUUCUUCUCAUGAGCCCCAGCAGAAGACAUAUGGGCCAGUUCUCACAGUGGAUAACUUCCCCUGCCUGAGCAAGAGAUGGGAUAGUAUCUGGGAUCUAUCACCAGACUCUGAGCUUAAUAAGGCAGCUGAAUGAAGGGAUAUAACGGACCCCUGAGAGUGGCACUGAAGCCUGCAGUGGGGGGGGAGGGGCCUGGACACACCCCUUCCCCCCCCAGACUCCUCCUCCUCAGGGUCAGCUCAGCCAUGGACUUUGGACCUGGAUAAGAAGAGAGAAGCUGCACUUUGUUUGGUGGAUCUGAUUUGGAAUUCUCAGUUUUGGAAAUGGAGUGCUGGAUGGGGGCUUGAUCUCCAGGGGAGCAGCUAAGACAAGAGAAGAAAGGUGCUGGUGGCUGCAUAAUGAAUCACCCCAGAACUUAGUGGCUUACAACAACAGACUCAUUAACAUCUCAGCUAUGUGGUUCUUGCUUGUGGUCUUUCACAUGGUUGCAGUCAGGUGCAUGGCUGCUUCCUAAUCCCAUAGUCCAGAGGAAGCAUCCCUAGGACUGCGGGCAAGGGAGCUAGGCAAGCCCAGGGCAGCCUUGAGACCUCCCCUUGCCUGCCCUCCCCCGUGGGGGCCAGGAUGCUGAAGAAGCAGUCUGCAGGGCUUGUGCUGUGGGGCGCUAUCCUCUUUGUGGCAUGGAAUGCCCUGCUGCUCCUUUUCUUCUGGACACGCCCAGCACCUGGCAGGCCACCUUCAGUCAGUGCUCUCGAUGACGACCCUGCCGGCCUCACCCGUGAAGUGAUUCGCCUGGCCCAAGACGCUGAGGUGGAGUUGGAGCGGCAGCGUGGGCUGCUGCAGCAGAUUGGGGAUGCCCUGUGGAGUCAGCGGUGGAGGGUGCCCACAGCGGCCCCUCCCGCCCAGCCGCGUGUGCCUGUGACCCCAGCGCCAGCGGUGAUUCCCAUCCUAGUCAUUGCCUGUGACCGCAGCACUGUCCGGCGCUGCCUGGACAAGCUGCUGCAUUAUCGGCCCUCAGCUGAGCUCUUCCCCAUCAUUGUUAGCCAGGACUGUGGGCAUGAGGAGACAGCCCAGGCUAUCGCCUCCUAUGGCAGUGCGGUCACGCACAUCCGGCAGCCUGACCUGAGCAACAUCGCCGUGCCGCCUGACCACCGCAAGUUCCAGGGCUACUACAAGAUCGCGCGGCACUACCGCUGGGCGCUGGGCCAGGUCUUCCACCAGUUCCACUUCCCCGCAGCUGUGGUGGUGGAGGAUGACCUGGAGGUGGCACCGGACUUCUUUGAAUACUUUCAGGCCACCUAUCCACUGCUGAAGGCAGACCCCUCACUCUGGUGCGUUUCGGCCUGGAAUGACAACGGCAAGGAGCAGAUGGUGGACUCCAGCAAGCCUGAGCUGCUCUACCGCACUGACUUUUUUCCUGGCCUGGGCUGGUUGCUGUUGGCCGAGCUCUGGGCUGAGCUGGAGCCCAAGUGGCCCAAGGCCUUCUGGGAUGACUGGAUGCGCAGGCCGGAGCAGCGGAAGGGGCGGGCCUGCAUACGCCCUGAAAUCUCAAGAACGAUGACCUUUGGCCGCAAGGGUGUGAGCCACGGGCAGUUCUUUGACCAGCACCUCAAGUUCAUCAAGCUGAACCAGCAGUUUGUGCACUUUACCCAGCUGGACCUGUCGUACCUGCAGCGGGAGGCCUAUGACCGGGAUUUCCUUGCCCGCGUCUAUGGGGCUCCCCAGCUGCAGGUGGAAAAAGUGAGGACCAACGAUCGGAAGGAGCUUGGGGAGGUGCGGGUGCAGUAUACGGGCAGGGACAGCUUCAAGGCCUUUGCCAAGGCUCUGGGUGUCAUGGAUGACCUCAAGUCAGGGGUUCCCAGGGCUGGCUACCGGGGUAUCGUCACCUUCCAGUUCCGGGGCCGCCGUGUCCAUCUGGCGCCCCCACAGACAUGGGAGGGCUAUGAUCCUAGCUGGAAUUAGCACCUGCCUGUCCUUCCUGGGCCCCUCUCUGUCACAUCAUGAGCCGAGGUGGAACCACAGUCCCCAGGCUGCAUCUGCCUGCCUGUGUUUCCCUCUUAGGUGCAUUUAUGUUUUUGAGUUUUCUGAGUGGCAUUUGAGUGCACAAAUGAUAAGGUGAGGAUUAUUCUCCCGUUCUCAAGGGAGUCAGAUCAGGGGAACUAUUCUGGGGUAUGUUAGGGGGUAUUAAGCAGGAAACCACUGUGUGGCAGGGGGACGCUGGGCUUGUUUGAACCAGAAAUGUCCGUGUCCUGAGCUUUCUCCUGGAGCAUGUGCAGAGUUUGACAGUGUUUGCUCUCUUGACCAGACACCUUCUCCCUGACUUGGCUCUUCUAGCCAAGGCAUGAGUCCUCCUUCCAUACCUGUUCCCCUUCCCCUAUUGGGGACUGGGUUAUGGGAGAAGGGGACAUAUUUGUGGCCAAAAUGAUACUAACCAAAGGGACUUCCUUGUCAGGGCCUGGUGGAGUUGGUGGGUCAUCAGGGCUCAUUGCCUCCUCCCCUUCUCUCCUGUCUCUGACCCCCACUUAGCCUUUCUCUCUGCAGUCUAGCAGUUUAUGGUUCUGAGAUGGAAAGUUGAAGGAGGCAAGCAAGACCUCGCCUCAGCCCAUGCCCAGCUGUCAGGGGAGAGGUGCAGGGAGGAAGGCCUUGGAGCUGGGACAACCCCUCUCUUGCAUUGCUUCAGAGGGGGACUGUGCCCUGACCCCUCCUUUCUGAAAAUCAGUCCACUCCCUGUUGCUCUAGGAGGCUCCUGCUGGCUUGGUAGGAGAGACAUUCAAUCUGUGUAUCCUUUUUUCCCUUGGGGUUUCACAUACAGGCCCCUCCCUGCAGGCUGUGGCUCUUGUGGCUCUCUCAGCAUGAGGUGGAGAGGCAGACCAAGUGAAGCAGUGACCAGGAUGUUUCCGGCCCAGUGCUGCCCAGCCUCCCUACCCGUUCCCAGGCACCUCAUGUCCUCACAGACCAGGAAACCAUGGCAGGGUGGAGAGGACUUGGUGUGUUUUCGUUUCUUGCUUGACCUCAGUUUCAUGAAAGAAAGUGGAAGCUACAGAAUUAUUUUCUAAAAUAAAGUAAAGGCUGAAUUGUCUGAAAAAUA